UCACUUGAUUAUUUUUCAUAUCAUAAAAUCGUAGAAUAUUUAAUUCUAAUAAUAUUAGUAAAUAAUUAUUUUGGUGUACCUAUACAUUUUGAUCAAAAGUAUUUUUGACAAAAUUUUAGAAAAAAUAAAACAUAUUUACUUAAUCACAAUUGUCACAAUAGUAUGAUGAAGACGAAUAUCGAACAGAGGGGCCCGGCGAUGUCGAUAGGUGUGCAGCUUUUGGUCGUCGGAGUUUUGGUGUCGGCGUGUGCGGCGUACAGCGGGGACGAGGGAUCGGCAGACUAUUUCCGCGGUCACGAGCCGCGGGGCGUGGACGGCAACAGACAGUUGCCAGUCAUACUGAUGCACAAACAAGCGCUGCAAGAAGACGGCGGGUUUCAGUACGCUUUCGCGGCCGACAACGGUCUCCGGCAAGGCGAAUCGAUCCGGCCGGACGGAAGCCGGACGGGAGCCUACUCGUACACGGACCCCGACGGCAAAGAAAUCUCCGUCAAGUAUACGGCCGGCAAGGACGGUUUCCGCAUAAUUCAAGGCGACCACGUGCCAAAAGCCCCGGUGUCCGUGGUGCCGUUACAACAGCAAUCGUCGGCGCCCGCUUACGCGCCACCGUCUCCCGGCCGUUCGUUGGCCAAGAACAGAUUGUUCGGAGCACCCGGUGGACCUGGAUCUCAAUUUAGCAGAGGCGAUUUCAAUGGCGGUGGCAGAUUUGACCAUAAUAGUGGGGAAGCUUUUGGUUCACCGUCGCCAUACAAAUCGAAAUAUUCGAAGCCUCAACAACACUACAGAGUUCGCGAAGAUAAUAGUGCCGAAUUAGCAGCUAGGUACGAUGACGAUGGAUCCGCAUUCGACGGUGCCGGAGAUUAUAGCAGCCACAGUCCGUUCAGGGCACCUUCGACACAGGCGCAUGCAACUUACAAUGGCGCGAGUGCUAACUCAGAAAAAGAUGAUGGCUCUUUCAAUAGCAACGAGCGACAACCGCAUUCGUUCGGUAGUGGUUAUGCAUUCGAAUUUGGCGGUUCUAACAAUAAUGGUGGAGCGUCACCUGAAUACUAAACAAAUUACCUAUAUGUUUUCGUGUUUCUCGCGAACUUUGAUGAUUAAAUGUAUAAACCAUAAUUUCAGCAAUAACUUUAAAAAUAAUUAUUUUGUUGAUAAUUAUUUAUAUUCUUUUGGAGAUUGUUAUAAGAUAUAUA